AUGACCUCCCACGAUGGCGACCGUGCACCCGAGUCUGGGUCGUAUGGAAGCUCACCUACCUCCCCCGCAAAGCAAUACAUGUCUAUUACUAGAACUGGAAGCGGAGAUCAAAGUGGUUCAUCCAAUGAACCGGUUUCAGCAUCCCUCCCUGCAACUACAUAUGGUACCAUCGAGUCAAGCGAGCUCCCAUCACGAAUAGAGAGCUCGUCGGAACGACAAAGCUUGCACGCGUCUUCGAGCUUCCACGACCUCCCCCGGAGUCCUGCCCCUAGCUAUCAGAUCCCUGAAAGGACUCCCAAAAAGCCCCCAACGGUACGACGUGUUUCAUCUAAGCCUUAUCGUGGACAAGAAUUCUCUGUGGACGAUGAUGUUUCCGAGUAUGAAGAAGACAAUGCGCUGAAACAUGUUGCCUCAGCCACACGAUCUGGUGCCAGGUCGCAUGGGACGUUACGAAGAAGGUUUAAUGCACAACCGCCUACCUUGCAACGUGUGGACUCUGCUGAUGAAGAUCCUCCGGGUGAACCCCAUGGACUUGACGAAGCAGAGCCCCAUGAUAGUGACGUCGUGGAUGAUGUUAAUGAUGAUGAGGAAGAAAAUACUAGCGAUGCGGAAAGUUUUACUCUCAAGGAUCGCCAGCAGGCGAUUAAUCAAACUCAUCCCUUCGGUAUUAGAAUCUGGAAGCCUGCUUUAUAUAAGAAACUUCGCUCCGUCGAAAAGACAGCAGAGGGGGAUAUUCACUCCGUGCCCGGAGAGAGGGUCGACAAGUUCCUUUUUGUAGUCAACUUUCUAUGGACCUUAUUCUUUGGAUGGUGGCUGGCUUUGGCUGCUUUAUUAGGAGCAUGUGCCUGCUUUUUCGUUGGAUUCCUCCCCGAUGCGGUCGCCUACGGCAAAGUAUUUUUCGGUCUUGCCGGCUAUCUUCUAUACCCUUUUGGCUCUUUUGUUCGUCUUCAAUCUGAUGAAAACUACGCUGAGGAGGAUGAAGGUGAAGGACGAAGCAUCAGUGAAUAUGAACAAUGGCAGAGCGGAGACUUGGAACACGGACGACUCUUCUUUGGCCCCCGUUCCUUGGUCGGUCGUAGGAGAAAUAGCCUGGACUCAGCUGGUGAAUACGAAAGCUUACUAGGCCGUGCUGGUAGGGCUCAUAGAUCGGACAGCCCUAUACCUAGGAACAAAAGACGGUUCUUCGGCCGAGGAGAGUGGACGAUUGGACGAGUCAUGUUUUACUGUCUCUUCUAUUUCUUCGUCGGCCCUUUGAUGCUUCUCGCAUCAUUUAUUUGCUGGAUGCUGGUCUUCUGGAUACCAAUGGGCCGUGUGGUUGUUAUCCUGCUGCAUCAUCUCCGCCGACACCCCCUCGCCCUAUCUUUCCAUCUUGACACCUCACAUGCCAGAGGACCUAGUUGCAAACCUUCGUCGAUCCUACUUUGCACAUAUCGCGCCGCUGGUCUCAAGUACUGGAAAUACACAGUUGAUGGGACAAACAUCUUCUUUAUCAAUCUUCUCGGGGUCGUUGCCUUUACUAUCCUGGAUUACUGGGUAUUGCACCGAACGUUACAACUUGACUCUUGGAUAGCAAACAAUGGUCUAAUAUUUGCUCUUGCUCUUAUUUCGAUUAUCCCACUUGCCUACUUUAUUGGACAGGCAGUGGCAUCCAUCUCGGCUCAAUCAUCCAUGGGCCUAGGUGCUGCUAUCAACGCCUUUUUCUCCACAGUAGUUGAGGUAUACCUCUAUUGCGUUGCUCUAACCGAAGGUAAAGCUCGACUUGUGGAGGGUAGUAUCAUUGGCAGCAUCUUUGCUGGUAUACUCUUUCUCCCUGGACUGUCCAUGUGUUUUGGAGCCAUUAAAAGGAAGACUCAACGAUUCAAUGUCAAAUCCGCUGGAGUUACUUCAACUAUGCUUUUAUUUGCCACUGUUGCUGCAUUUGGGCCAACGCUGUUUUACCAGGUAUACGGCAGUCAUGAGCUGUACUGUCAUCCGUGUUCAUCGAAAGCUUUGCCCAAUGGCAAAGAUUGCCGUCGAUGCUAUUUCUCCGAUACACCAUCUUUGAAGAACAAGUUCUUUGUAAAGGCAGUACAGCCAUAUUCUUGGUUUGCGGCAUCCUUAUUAUUUCUCUGUUAUGUGAUUGGACUCUGGUUCACUUUGCGUACACAUGCCGCCAUUAUCUGGUCCACUGAACUAGACGAGAAGAAGCAUCCACCUCAGCUUCAGCAUUCGGAUCUAACAUCAACGCUCCAAGCACAGAAGAAUCAUUCUAUCAAUGGACGUCAACUGACGCAAGCCUGCCACGCCAAAGGAUCUAUACGAGAGUCCCAGCAAUAUGCCCGCAUUCUGGGGCAAUCUUUGAAACAAGUGGGUCUAUCUUCUAUGGUCAACGAUGACCUCUCGGAACAAUCCAAGCAAAAAGCCCCUGCAGAGGAGCCCUCUCUUACUCCACAUGUUGUCCCACCAAAAAGCCAGACCCAAGCGUUGAACUUGAGAUUACCAGGCCUAUCUGAGGAGGAGAACGAAAUGUUUGUCCGCCAGGUGACUGAAGUGGCCGCCACAGCCGCCACCGUGGCUGCUCGUGAUGCAGCUCGCCAGCCAAGAAAACCGUCUGUUACUGCCCAUAUGGUCGGUACGCAUGGGAAAACAUCAACUAUUGGAACACCGGGAGGCGUCACUGAAGAGGCCAAUGAGGGUGCCGUGUUUACUGAAUCUCAUGCCCAACCAGGUGGACAUGACGCGCCAAACUGGAGUAAACUGAAAAGUACAGUAAUUCUUCUCGGUGCCACUAUCCUGUAUGCUAUUAUUGCAGAAAUUCUGGUGAAUACCGUGGAUGUGGUUCUGGAAAGCGUCGAUAUUGACGAAAAAUUCUUGGGAAUUACCCUUUUUGCUCUUGUCCCUAAUACGACCGAAUUCCUGAAUGCUAUAUCCUUUGCUAUGAAUGGCAAUAUUGCUUUGUCUAUGGAAAUAGGCUCUGCGUACGCUCUUCAGGUCUGCCUUCUGCAGAUACCGGCCGUUGUUUUAUUCAGUGCGAUACAUAGUCAACUCUACGUUGACCCAGCUGACCUUCUUAGCCAUAGCUUUAACCUAAUCUUCCCUCAAUGGGAUAUGAUCACUACAAUCCUUUGCGUUUUCUUGCUUUCCUACGUUUAUGGAGAAGGCAAGAGUAACUAUUUUAAGGGCUCUAUUUUACUACUAACCUACUUAUUUGUGGUGAUGGGCUUCUUUUUAACGAAAUACAAUACAUUAGACACUAAUGGUGUCGACCGAUUCGAUACCUUGGCUUUGGGAGACGGAAGUAUCUUACUGACUUCCAAGAUAGGUGGGAGAGUGUAA